CUUAGCUAACCUCGCUUUCUGAUUGGAUGUUUCACUCUCGAAGCGAGAAUUUCACUUUCUGACCUGACAUCUGAAAUAAUUAUAGGUAAAUUCUGACUAGACAGGAACAACAGGCAAUUUAACAAGUAAUAAUCCGUGAAACAACUAUUAGUGUCGUGUUAUUUUUCUUGUAAUUCCAUUCGACAUAUUUGAAUCUCGCGAGAUUUGACUCUACAAGGAACUCGCUCCACAAGACAGGGAGAGAAUAAUUGUUGUACCAUUUUGGGAGGUGGUGGAUGGUUUUUGGUUCAGUCCAUAUCCGUCGGAAGGUGGAGUGGACAUACCGGAAGUGGAGCUGGAUAACUCUGGGGUACUGAAUACAAUGCCAAUCAAUGGAGAGACCAGAGAGCAGGAUGUUCAGACUGAUGACUGGACGCAAGAAAAAAGUGUCAACACAAAUGAAAGCUGGGAACACUUAAUGCGCGUCCUGGUGGAACAGAGUGCCGAGCUGGCGGAGGAGUGCGAGUCUCUGGAGAAACAGCAGGCUGCCGAAGAGAGCGAGUGCAAGAGCCACAUCGAACGUUUGGAGAAGAUGAGAGACGACAAGCAGCGGCAACAUCGGGCUCUCCUAGAUAAGAUCGAGUCAGUGCAGGUGAAACUGGAUCUAAACAGCAGCAAGACCACGCGGAAAAACUUCACCGCCAAAGUCGAGGAGCUCACCGCCGAGAGGGAUCAAAAGCUGGAGGUGAAGAGAAGAUUGACCCAAGAGUUGGAGGACAUUGAUGGGAGACUGAAGUUGCAUAAGGAAGAGCAAAGAAAUGAAAAGCUUUCUUGGGAACAGGAGAUUGCUGCUUUGCAGCAUGAGAUGGAGAGACUCUCUAGACAAGUUGAAGAAUCCAAUCAGGCAGCUCUGAAGGAUGAGAUCGCUGCUCUAGAGUCUCAGAAAGAGCUGGCAAUUUCUCAGCUAGAAGACUGGAUUGCAGAAGCUGAAAGAUAUCUAAACACUGUCAGGUCAGACACUUCACCUCAGAGCAGCCGGCAUCGACUUGAAUGGGAGAAAAAUGUGGUGAUGGUUCGUAACAGCUUGGGAAAACUACAGUCAUUAUAUAAUGAAAACCUUAAGCAGCUUCACAAGGGGCAGCAGCUGGACAGUUUGCCUAAAAUCCCCCUGCCUCAUCUCCCUCACAUACCCAUGAUCGAUUUGCUGAAUUUCACAUCGUAUGCUGCGAUCCGCCCCCCAGUGACCCAGCCUCAGUUUCACUCAGCCCAGAGAUCCACCCCCCCUCCGCGUUCUGCACAAAACCCAGUGGCCUUCACGCCACACACGCUCGAACAGAACGUGGCCGUACCGAGGCUGGCCACGCCCACCGCCAUCCGUGCCCCCACAAUGCCCUACACUCAUCCAACAUACACAUUACCGUACUCUGUCCCUACAGCCCAGGUGAGCGUCCCGGUUAGUCUCGCAGCAGCAAUGGGAGCGUCACAAGGGGCAGGGCCAGUGGCCGCAGUACGAAACCCCGCCUCCCAGGUGCUUCCGUCAAACCCACAACCUGCAGGCAAGCUGGAUAAGCUGCUGGAGAUACUGGGCACGCAGUUCCCACAAUGCACGAGAACUCAAAUAAUGGCUGUGCUGCAGCAGGUUAAGAGUGAGCGUGGCACUAUGGCUGGCAUGUCUGUAGAGGACAUCAAACAGCAAGUGGAACAGAGACUCGCACAAAAUGAACGCCCGCCUCCAGGCCCCAUAGCGCCCCCUGCAGGCUCCAGACACUCACACAGAGGUCCUGUCCAGCCCGCGCUGUCCCCCCGUCCCUCUCUCCAUGCUCCCAGCGCUCACGUCUUCCAGUCCCGAGUCCCACAGGCAGCUCCAUCUGUGCGUAAGCUGUGUUUAAUGUGUCAGAACCAUGUAGAACCCGGAACCCAAUACCAAACAAACUGCCCUCAUACGCUACACAAAGAGUGCAUCAGUGUGUGGCUGCAGUCCAGCAAGAACAACUCCUGUCCCUUCUGUCCCAGCAAAUAAACCCAUGAGGCUCUUUCUUUCACGUCACAUGACCAUGUGUCGUUGCUGAUUUAACACAUCGUGCGCACAAGAUCAGGUGAUUUACAGAUACAGUUCAUCAUCGACACUGAGACCUGCUGGGAUUCUUUUUUUUUCCUUUCGUUCCUUUUGUUAUAUUCUUUGAUUUGUGAUUAAUAUUUUUAGAAAUAUUUUUUUACAUGAAUCCAAACAGGGGGAAAAUAUGUUAUAUGUUUAUCUCUCUUCCUACAGAGAGAUAAACAUUGUAGAGCUCUCUGUAAUUAAAUUAUGUAUAUUUUCUAAUAAAUGAUAAUUAAUA